AUGGCAGAAGCUUUUAGCAGAAUCAUUAAGUCUAAACAUGGUCAAGGGCUUUGGAGGGGUGCUCGUAUUGAAGGUACAUCUGUGUCAGUUACACAUUCUUUAUUUGUUGAUGCUACACUAUUGUUUGGUAAAUCAAAUGUUCAGGAGGCAAAGCAUAUCAGGCAAACUUUGGAUCUUUACAUGGCAGUUUCGAGUCAAAGAAUUAAUGCUCAGAAAUCAAAGAUAUAUGUUUUUAAUACAAAUGAUGUCAUUACAAGGAAAAAUUUUGAUACUUUGGGUUUCUCACAAGAGUGUCUUCCCACCACAUAUCUUGGCAUUCCUUUUUUUGUAGGUGCCAAUAAGUUAGCUUAUUGGAAAGUUAUUAUAGACAGAAUUAAGAAUGCCAUUUCCACAUGGAAGGCCCGUUGGCUAUCCUUAUCAGGGAGGUUACUUCUAAUAAAAAUUGUCUUGUCUUCCAUUCCCAAUUAUUUCAUGUCAGCCCUCAAAGCCCCUGCUGGAGUCAUUCAUCAUAUUGAAAAACUUAUUAGAAGUUUCUUAUGGAGGGACAAUAUGUCAGAAGAAAAGAAGAUCCCGCUUAUUUCAAUUUAG